AUGAACUUUAGUGAGAGUGUACCCCGAGAUGCAUGCAAUGAAGAAAUACAAAAAGACGAUGAUGCAAUAAGUCUGUUAUCGCGGAGCGCAGGGGGAGAGAAGAAUGGGGACUGUGGUCAGGUGAAGCGGCGUGAGCGGAGUAGAGGAGAGUCGCACAGGGGAGAUACACACAGAGACCCGCACAGGGAACCGCACCGGGGAGAGGGGGCCACCCCGCGCAAGAAGGAAAGAGACUGCAGCAAAAAGAACGCGGAGGGGAUUGACUCCAAGCUCGGAUUUGACAUAAAAAAUGUGUUGACGCACGCGUACCUCCCCGUGUGCAUCGAAAAAAUGAAAGAAGGAGAGUACGUGUACAAAUGGAACAGCAACAAUAUUUUCCAAAAGAAGACGCUGAAGUUUUUCUACCUAGAUGUAAAUAACUAUUGCAUACGAUGGAAUUCAAAAAAAAAAAAAGUGAAAGAAAAUAAAAACCCAACUUUAUACAUAUGGGAUAUUAUAAAAAUACUGGACGGAUCAGAAUCUUCCUUUUUUAAAAAAAAAGAAGAAGAAAAAAAUUUAUCCAUUGAAAUUAUAAGUGCACAGAGAAAUUUGAGAAUUACCUUCCUAGACAUACAGAGGUGGAAGAUGUGGCUCUUCGGCUUGAUGUAUUAUCAGUACAAGUUUAUUAACAAAGGAUCCGGCAAAAAAAAAAUGAAGUCCUUCAUAUGUGAAAGUAACAAGCUGUACGACAAUUACAUCAUCUCUGGCCUGAAGGACAUCAACGCAUUGACGCUCUCCCAGCUCUACAUCAUUCUCAGGAGCCUGAACAUUUAUUUGAACAUGAAAAUUUUGUACCAUUAUUUUUCUAUAUAUAAAAAUAAAGGCACCGUUAACUACGUAGGGUUUACCAAAAUUCUGGAGCACAUUUUUUCGAAUAAACAUAUUACCAUACAUUUUGAUUUGUAUAAGGGGAAGAGCUCCGGCUGCAUAGACAACAGGAAUUUUAUCGAAUUUUUGAUUGAUGUGCAAUGUGAGGGGAAAUGUGAGGAGAGGAUUUUCUCUGCGCGUCAAGUGGACCGCGAAUUUUUUUUCCACGAGGGGAUGUGCGGAAGGAAGGAAGCACAGGCGUUGCCAUCCACGUGUGGGACAUUGAACGGUACGGUUACUUCCACGUCAGGUGUCCGCUUAACAGGGGGAGUACCCCUCGCAGUGGAUCCUACGCCAAGGGGUGGUGCCAAAAAUGGAGGGAAUGCCUCUGAAGGAACUCACCAGAAGAUGGGAAAAAAAGGUGAAAAUGAUCCCUACGGAGAAGCCAAUUCGGUUGGUAGGUACAAACCAAGAGGAGACACCCUCGUGGCUAAUUCUGCGAAGAACAAUGUUGGCAACUACCAGUGGGGAGGCACCUUCAUGAAAAAUGCGAAUAAGGAGGGGGUCAAUCAAAAUGAGUUCCACUUCGGCGUGGACGCCUUACCGAGUGCUUUUCUCCUGCCGGACAAUUGGAUGUGCCAGGAUGAAGACUACAUCACUGUGUUAAAUAUACUCAGGGGUAAGCUCGGGCUGGGCGCCACAAUCGGCGGCGGCUACCACAGCGACGGCUUCAGUGGGGGCGGUGCGAGCAUGAAGCGUGGUGCAAGCAGUAGGUACAGCUAUCGCAUUGAUGGACGCUGUCACAGCGGGCACAGCAGCGACGGCGCAGAGAACGCCAACGGGAGUCGGCUCUGCAACGGAGAGAGCACCCAAAAGGAACACCAAGGAAGGGCGCAAAACGAGGCCUACUACAUCAGAGCCAAGGCAAUAUACAAACUGCUAAACACGAUAAAGAAAUACAACAUCCCAUUUGUUAUGAUUAAUGAAGAUAAGCAUUAUUUGACGCAGAUCGGGUUGGUCUACUUCCUACUGUCAAAGGAAAACAGCAUCAUGUGCCCAGAGUACUCCAAAGUGUAUCAAAAUAUGAACCUCCCCCUUUGCAACUACUGGAUUAAUAGCAGCCAUAAUACGUACCUUGGGAGGAAACAAAUCUUUAGCUCAAGCAAUAUCGAGCAAUAUAUUUACAUCCUCAUAGAUGGGUGCAGAUGCGUCGAAUUCGAUUGCUAUUAUUUUAAUAAGAACAUUGUUGUUUAUCAUGGGUUCUAUGGCUAUAAGUUAACCUCUUCCAUCCUCUUCUGCGAUACGCUCAUUGCAUGCAAACUGUUCGGAUUUACAACCUCCCCCUUCCCCAUCAUCCUGUCCUUAGAAAUUCACUGCAAAAAUAAACACAAAAAUUUGAUUGCCAAAAUUUUGAUAUGCAUCCUAGGGAACCAGCUGUACAUCCCCAAAAGUAGAGACGAAAUUAAUAACAUCACGCCGAAUAAUUGUAAAAAUAAAUUUUUGGUGAAAUAUAAACAUUUUGAAAAUAAUGAGAACUCGGGGUUUUACUUCAUCUUUGAGGGGUUGCAGAGCGUCAUGUAUGACGAGCUGGGGUACAUUUCGGACAUCAUUGGCGACCCCGAUGAGGAUGCGGACGAGCAGGACGGCCCCUUGGGGGGCGUGCACAACCUUCUCCGCGGAGAAAGCGGCAGAAGUGGAGACAGCGAUAGCGAUAGUGGCGAUGAACGCAAAGGUGAGCGAAACGAGGGUCGCCACGCCCAGAAAAAUGGUAAGCGGCUUGACCGGGGGAGCCCAAACCACCGGGAGGAUGACGAUAUAGAGAAACAAUUCGACAGCUACAUAAAGAACAGCAUCCAGAAGGGGUACAUCCACGAACGGAAGAAGCGAAGCAUCUACAUCAGCAGUCUGUGCCACGACCCUGGCGCUGUGGAGAAGGACCCGCGAGAUGAUUCCUCCCACAGUGAUGAUGACCACGACCCCCAAGUGGUAAAAGGCACGAAGCUUUCGAGGCACAAAAAGGGGAAAGGUCACAGCAGGGGAUCUACUACUAGGGGAGAUGACAAUAACCCGCGUAAGGACCACCCAAAUGGCUUCCUUAAAGAUGCUGAUGGGGGUGGCCCCCCGCUGGCUAGCCAAAAAGUUGUAAAUGGAACUACCGAAGAGGGCAAAAAAAAAACCGAUAAUCAAAACGCAAGAAGUAAUAACAUACUAAAUGAGUACUCCUGUUUGAAGGGAUACGCGUUUCAAAAUUUUUGCGAAAAUAGGACGUACAACGAAAUAUGCUCGAUUAGCGAAAAUAAAUUUAUCAAGCUGAUUAAAAAGAAUGAAGAGGAGAUAAUAAAGUAUAACCAGAAAACGUUGACGCGAGUGUACCCUUCUGGGACCAGACUGGCCUCCACCAACUUUAACCCACUGAUCUUCUGGAGCGCAGGAAUCCAAUUCGUGGCGUUAAAUUACCAGUACAAUGGGCUGAGCAUGCUGCUCAACAAAGGAAGGUUUCUAGAAAAUGGAGGGAAGCACUCAGGGUACAUCCUAAAGCCAGAAAUUUUACGUUUUAACGAAAAAAAAGACUACGACAUUUUGCACCUCGACCUGCAAAUACUGUCAUUACAUCAGAUCAACUUGCUAUUCUCCAUCAAAAAUAAAUACCAAGAGAAGAAAUUAAAAAAAAAAUUAUUCAAAAUGGAUAUGAUACAACGUAUUCAGACACACAAAAAAAUUAACAAAAAAAUGAAAAAUUUUAAAGACGUACAAAAAUUAGAAAAGGAAAAAAAAAAAUUCUUUUUCUCUGAUGUACAGUCAGAUGACAAUAAGAAAAAAAAAAAUAUAAGUCACGAAUUUCUCAUGAAAAAAUUUAACGAUAAUGACAAUGACGUUAAUUAUAUUCAUAGCAAAUGCUUAAAUGUGGAAGAGAAAUAUGAGGACAUGUUAUCUGAGUAUAAAUCUUUCCUACUCUGUUCUUCCCUCUCGCACAGCAGCAGCUUCAACAGCUGCAGCAGCAAUACUACUACUUCCAAUAAUGCUACGACCGACUCGACGAAGAAUAAUUCCUCCAAGUCCAAGAGUAAGAGCUUCUAUCAAACGUUUGAGGAGCUGAAGAAGGCGAACAAUUUGUUCUUCUAUUUGUACGUCACCAUCUCCGUGCACGGCUACAACGAGCACAAGUAUUACUUCAAAACGGAGAUCGCCAAGGUCAAUUUUUACGACCUCAACUAUUGUUGGUCAAAGCCAUCAAUUUUCCAAAUGAAAAUAACGUACCCCUCACUGGCCCUCAUUGUGUUUGAGCUGAAAACUUAUGACACCGUAAAAAGCGAACUCAUUGCGUGCGCCUGCUUCCCAGUUAAAUGCCUCCGAGAAGGCAUCCGAUUUGUCCCGCUGUGCGACAAGUACUUGAAGGACAUAAAAGGGUCGGGCAUUUUGGUAAAUCUGAAAAUUGGCACAAACGGCGGCUGAGGAUUCCAAAAUGUUGCACAUCCGCGCUCGCGUUGUUUGUGCAGACGCAGAUGCGAUGCACGCGCACACAUGAAGAACGAAUCUCCCACGAUUUAAACAUUUCAAGGGUGCUUUUCAUCACCAGCCUUUCCUUUUUUUUAAAUAAUGUUUAGUUUUUAAUAACAUUUUGUACGCAUGACGAGAUUAUUUGUUAAGUUGAACUCAUUUUUUGUCCCAUUUUUAAUUGCGCAUUUGUGUAUGCCUAAACAGGGAGAUACAUAAAUGCGCACACGUGCAUACGUCUCAUUUGUUCACCUAAUUUUCCACCAACGCGUUACUUUAUUUUAUUUUAUUUUACUUUUCAUGCAAUUCUGCUUGCCCUUCAUUUUGCAAACCUCCUACAAAUCAUAGGAAGAAUUGUGUGGCAGUGCUUGUACAAGAGAGUGCGCUAUGAACGCAGACGCUUGUGCCCCUCCCCCGGCACAUCCAUGUGCAUAUAUGCAUGUGUGAGGAGGAGCAUCUGAAAAAUGUGAGGCACACAAAAAAGUUCAUUCCAUUUGUUCGUACGAAGUGGUGUUAUAUGUGUAAAAAGUGAUUACAUACGGCUGGAACGCGCAUAUAGAGCGACGUUUUUAAGUGGUUCAAGGGGAUCAAGAGGAGCAAUGUACAUGCGUGUGCCUUCGUGUGUGAUACAUACGUGCAU